UGCCUACUGUCGAGCAGUCACAGAAUGGCGCUAUGGUCUGCUGUCUUAAGCCUAACACUAAGAAGAAGAAAGCCACAAGGAUGUCUCACUCGACCUCGAUGGGGGUUAAUUUCCUUGCCGUUGCCGCUGCUAGUGGCAGUGCUGAUGGUCCUGAUGGUGACGGUGACUCUGGUGGUGGUGUCCACACAUCAGUCGAUCAUUGAACAGCGGCACGAAACCCUAACUACCGAACUACCAGAAUCAGCAGAAAUCAGGCGCAACGAGACAACAUUCUUUCAAUUUCAGGUCCAGGGGAGAGCAGGGGAGAGGAAUCAGUUUUCCCGUGCAGGUCCAGUUGCACCACAACAAACCAAGACAAGCGGUGCCGUCCUCGACAGUUCGUUGGAGUCAGGAGGUGGUCCCUAUCAUAAUUGGGAACUUUUUGCUGCCGAUUAUCAGGAAAUGCUGCAUAGCUUUAAAUUGUUUGUAUAUCCCGAUGUGUACAUGAACAAACACUCCUCUUCCUCUUCCUCUUCCUCUACUCCUUUUGCUCGCAUCUUCCUUCCCCACCCAAACCCCUUUGACCCAAAGCUAGGAAAUUACUUCAGCGAGCACGCGUUCAAGGCGGCUCUUCUUCGAAGCUCCCUGGUUACUCCACAUCCACAGGAGGCCCAUUUCUUCUUCAUGCCAUUUUCCAUCAAUGCCAUGCGAAAUGACCCUAGGCUGCAUUCUGCAUCGUCCAUUAAGGAUUUUGUGGCCCAAUACACCACCAGGAUUAGCUCCCAGUUCGAAUUUUGGAAUGCUUCUGGAGGUGCCGAUCACUUUUACGUCUGCUGUCAUUCCAUUGGUCGGGACGCGGCCUCCAAGCAUCAUCAAUUGCAUAACAAUGCCGUUCAGGUCACUUGUUCAUCCAGCUACUUUCAGAGGCUUUAUAUUGCCCACAAAGACGUUGGCCUGCCGCAAGUUUGGCCUCGCCAACAUAAGCAAGUAUUGAAUCCUCCGGAUACCAGGUGUGGUCUGUCUUACCUGACUGACUCUUCUCCUGCGCAUUGA